AUCAUUAGACUUUGUCAAUACAAGUAAAAUACGCUCGUUUAUACUGUUAACGCGAUAUUUUCGCAUGUGCAGAAGCAGGAAUUGUUAAGAGUAUACUUUAAUGACAAUAAAAAACAAAAUGAUGUCAAUGGGAUUCAAUUAUAUCAGAAGAGGAAGAUAUUAAUGUAAGAAAAUGGCAACUGCCGAGAAUUAUUGUGAGCCAGAAGGCCCAAUUAUUGAAUUAUUAAAAACACUUGCCUCUCGUGAUUUAAAAGAAAUGGCCAUCAUAUCAGACUCUAAACUGAUUGAAAUAUUAAAAAAAGACUUCUAUAUGGAUACAACAGUAUUACACAAGUUCGAAAUGGAUGUGUAUGUCAAUGUUUUAAAGGAACAUAUAAAAAAAUGGCCAGGAUGGGAUAAUUGUGAUCGAAAUAUCAAUAGAAUAAAAACUAUAAAAGACAAAGCGGCUGUUGCAAUGAUUUUAAAAAAGGAAUAUGUUAAAUUAAAAGAGUAUUUACAGCAUUUAUUAAAUGUAACACAGGAACUGGCCGCUGAUAAAGUUUCAGAAUUAAAAGAAAAGGAGAAUUUGAAAAAAGAACAAAUAGUGAUGGAAGUGUUCGCAUCACGACAACAAAUGAAUAAUCUAUUCUAUCGAUAUCCUGUACGAAAUAAUAUAUUCAAUAUAAAUGUUAAAAGACGGAAACUAAAUAUGCAAAAUACUACUCUAAAAUCUAUUUUAAAUUGGUAUGGUGUAGAAAUAACAAUAAAAGUACCAAUGAAUGACAAAUGGCUUGUUUUUGAACGUCGUAAUUCGCACAAAUUACGACACGCAUUAAUGAAUAAGAAAUUAAGUUUUAAUAUGCAUAAAAAUAUAAAAUUAGACCAGAAUGCUUUAGUGAAGUUGCCAGAACAUUCCAUAAAAAUAUUAAAAUCGCAGAUGUUAAAAAUUUUUGACAAAGCUAUUUAUGAAAAUCCAGAUUAUAAAUAUAUAUUACCUAUCAUAGAGUAUGAUUUAGUUAAACUACCUAAAACAUUAAAUAUUCCUUUUAGUUUAAGAAGAUAUACAAGUAAAUAUAGUUUUAUAAGAUAUUUAUAUAGUGAUGUGCCAUUAGAAGAUAAUUUAAUGAAAUAUGAUAUACAAUUAGAGGAAAUAAUAUCACCUAUGUGUGAAUUUAAUAUAGAUUUUUCAGAUUUAAAUGAUUCCUUUACUUUAGAUAAUCCUAUUAAAGUUAUUUGUACGGAAUGUGAUGUGACGUUUACAAACGAUUUUAUGUCGGAACUUUUGAAUCAUUUUAAGAAUAAACAUUAUGAAGACCCAGAUUGGAUUUGUAUGAAUUGUAAAAAGGUAUGUCCAGUUAAAUCAUUAACGAAUUCUGGUUGGAAUCAUGCAUGUGAAUUGGUCUAGUUGUCGCCAUUUAGUCGAAAUUCAACAUUGUCUUACAAGUAUUAUAAAUGCGGUCGCCAUUUAGUCGAAAUUCAACAUUGUCUUACUAGUAUUAUAAAUGAGGUCGCCAUUUAGUCGAAAUUCAACAUUGUCUUACUAAUAUUAUAAGUGAGGUCGCCAUUUAGUCGAAAUUCAACAUUGUCUUACUAAUAUUAUAAAUGCGGUCGCCAUUUAGUCGAAAUUCAACAUUGUCUGAAUUAGGCCUCCGGCACCUCACUUAUCAGAGUUUGCGCGUAAUUUCUCCCACUUGACGCUUGUCUUCUGUGUGGUCGUGGUAUUGAAGCGAGCCCCAGAGUGGGGAAAAUGUUAAAGCGGGCUAUACCACUAAAAAUGGAUGGAUGUUUUUUACUCUGUAUAAGAUAAGACAGUUAACAGAUCUCAAUUUUGUCAGACGUCGAGUAGACAAUACUGUAAAAACACAUAGAAUGCUAAGUUUUUUUUUAAAACUCUACGCAAACAAGGCCGCGGCUAAAAGCUAUGAUAUAUGUAAUAACUUAUUCUGUAAUUAGCCUCUUCAGUACAUUUUUACUUUUUAUAGUUUUUUUUAAAUUAGUAUUCAUGUAAUAUUAUUUUAAAUUUUAUUCUUUUUGUAAACAUUUUACCAGUCUUCAAUAAAUUCUCAUAAUGUUUGGGAGGACAUUUCCCCUUCCUAUGCAUCUCCACCAUCAAAUCCACUUUAACUUCCCAUCCUUCCCUCAUAAGAAAAGGAUGGAAAGGUAAAGGGAUUAUAAUUAGGCCUCUGGCACCUCAUCUGACUCUCACUCAUCAGACUCAUCAGACUGUACGUGGAAUUGCUUCCACUUCACGCUUGUUUUCUGUAUGGUCGUGGUAUUAUUGGGGGCGAGC